AUGACCAUUGCACAUCUGACACAGUUGUUUUAUGAACUUACACAUCUUAACAAUAACAAUCAUGUUGAGGAUAUCAGUGAACGUAAUCAUGUUGAGGAUAUCAGUGAACGUAAUCAGUAUAAUACAAAUACGCUUCUCCAUCAGGGCUACCGUUACUAUAUAUUACAUGAAAGUAAAGUCAAUAAAACUGAAGAUGUGUCAAAAGAAGGCAAAGAAGGUAAACUUAUGGCCGUUAUAUCACCGAUCCAGGGUCCGGGCGUAAACAAUAAAAGCAAGAUAUAUGGAGGGCUGCAACUGACAAGAGAACGUCUACAGUUUAAUGGAGACGGUGAAAAUACACCAACAGAGAAUAAUACAGAAAAUACAAAUAACAAAGUAACGACUAAAAAGGGAACACCACUAUCAAUUGCUGAGAAUCAGAAUAUCGAUGUGAAGUAUGGGGAAAACGGUACACAUACACAGAAAAUAAAUUGGAUACAGGUUUUCUUACAGCUGGCUAAGUCCUUUCCUCCAACGAAAUGGGAGAUGUUUGCGCUACAUUUACUGAGUAAUUGUCAACGGGUUAGAAACAUCAGUGUACAUGAUACAAUGGAAGAAAUUAAACUUGAAGCUCGUAAUGAGUAUACCACUGGAUGGGUUUUUCACGCGUACAUGAAAGUGUUCAGGAAGUGGCUUGAAAUCAUGGGUGACGCGGCGGAAAAUCUCGAGCAGAUUAAACAAGCCGUCUAUGAAUGUAUAGAAUCAAAGGAAGUGAUCGAUAGUGUCUUAUUGAUAAUAAGGGACCCUCCAAAAUUGCCAUGUGUUGCAAGAGGAAUUGAGCAAACUUCAACACAUCCAGUUCCGUAUGUUCAACCAUGCUAUGCAUUGUACGAUACUGAGACACCAAGUGCAUUGUGUAGCGUUCACUACAGCUCAAGACAAAUACAAAGUAUUCAGUCAUCUCGUUACGGUACCUGUUCAGGGUUUUUGCCAUGCUCUGCAGCAUUACAAUCCCUCCCUAAUGGCCAGGCCAUGCAAGCCUCAUUUCAGUACACCGAAAUGAACUUUAAACCAAACAGAAAUGACGAGUCUCAAACGGCUCACAAGGAACAAGGUAAAGGCAAAAAGCGAAAAACAUCACAAUUUCAAGAUAAAAUGAAAUUAAGUAAGCUUGAAAGUUAUGCAAGAGAUAAUGCAAAACAAAAUUUACUUUCGAAUCUUAUACCAAUCCGUCACUGUGACUAUGAUAUUUACAUGGAACAUGUAGUGAAUCUUGUUAUGAAAGAAUGUAAUGUGAGCAGAAAAGUUGUUUUGUCAAUCACAUAUAAGACUUUUUGCGACGUUGAAGAAGUUACAACAAAACGAAAUGAAAAGCUGUACAUCGUAUAUUGUGGCACCCCAAAACUUAUCCUGAAAAAAGAAGUUUACAAUGAUUUAGAUAUCUACGGGAAUGCUGUGCGACCAAAACUCCUUUCAUACCUUGACGCACAGAAAAUUGAAUAUGAUACGUCAGAUGCAGAUACCUUCUUAUUUUUAUCGUUUAACGGCAAUGCAGCUUUCGGACAGCUGGGUGUUCACAGAAAACGUGAAAAGAUAGCAGAGAAACCAACAAUCACGCAGUUGCAUUCUCUACAAGAACUGGUUUCUACAGCAAGUAGUAAAGAAACAAAUGGUUUUGAUAAAAGUGAAAAUAAAGAAAUAACAGAAAUCCUGUACACUCGUAAAAAUAAAAAACAAGCAACAUGUACAAGUUCUGAUUGGCCGCAAAGUAUUGAACAGCCUGGCGAUGGCCCCGUACACAGCAACCAGUCAGCAGAAGCUGCUACCCACAUAAAUGAAAAACACGUAAAUGAUUUUCAGCGUAAAAAACAUGGAACUACUAACAAGGAUUAUACUCACAGUCUAAAUAGAAUUAAGGGAGUCACUUCUGAAGUUGCAUGUCAGACAAAAGAAUUCGUUAGCAACAAUGUGGAGAUUGGAAAUGAAAUGAAAAUCCUGACGAGCACGGAUAUGAACAAGAAAUGUGAGACAGUACAUGACGACAGAGACCCUCUUGCGCUUAAAAUUGAAGUGGACGAUGAAUUGAAAGAGAUCUGUGAUUCAUUUUUUCAGACAGGUGAAGAGUCCUUUACAAUAGACACACCAGAUACAAUACCCGAUAUACUCAGUUCAUUUGUUGAUCAAGAUUCGGUGGAACAAUAGAAUAUGAAUAGCAGUAGUGUGACACUUCAUCCCAAUUUCAAAUAGUUGAAGUGCAUUCUAUAAAAUUCGCCAAUGAUUUGUUUUAGAAAUAUACUCGUAUUUGAGGCUAGGUUUCAUAGAGGUCAAACCAGUACAAAUUAGAAACAACGUCAGUAAAUCGUUAAUUUGUCGGUCAACUUGAUACAACAACAUUGAAGCAGACAUCAUGCAAAUGUCGUAACAAUUUUACAAGUAGAGGAUAUUUUGGUACCGUCUAUUCCACAAAUUAAAUACUGAGCACAUUGGCUGUAUACUUUUAGUGGUGUAUACGUAUAGAGUGAACUUUGAAUUAUCUAAAAACUUUAUUUGUUAGAAACUUCUCCUUUAUCUCAACAAACAUCUCAUACUUAGUGCAUAUACACAUUUUUGUCAAAAAUUAGGAACUAAACUUUGCAAUACAAUACAUAAAAGCCGCACAGUACUGAUCAUAAAUCAAAACGGAUGACUCUUGAAAAAUAUUUUCGCAAAAUAUAGCUCUUUACGUAUUUUCGUGAUGAAAGCUAUUCGUUUCGCGUAGUUACUGACACGUAACUUCGUUUCGUUUAUGACGUCAAUUUUACGGUACGGAACAAUGUCUGGUUGCGUUUUUGUGGUUAGCUAUUUAUAAUUUCGGCAUUAAGUAGCCAUUUAACAUCAAAUCAAAGAGAGGGUUAUAUGAUUGUCAAGACGAAUGAAAAUGCAAACACAUUUAGUUUGUCGUAAAAGUUAUCGUAAAUUGUCGCUUUCCGCUUCCGGUGGUACAUAUGCACAUGCAAUUUGUGUGUGUGUAUUUUUGUCGUCAGUAUAGAACAUAGACACUUUUCUCAUGACUUAAGUUAACAAUUAUUUUUAAGUCGUCCAGAGAGAGAGAGAGAGGCCUUGCAAGAAAUUAAGUAUGAUUAAACUUUUUAAUAAUAAUAAUAAUCUAAUGAUAAUAAUUUCAUUUUAAGAAGGUGGCAUAUUAAGAGUAUAUACCAUACAAAAUACUUAUUUCCAAUAUCAGUAUCUACAGCAAUAUUAGUAACAGUACUAAUACCAAAUGAUAACUUGAUUCUCGCGAGGACGCGCCCAUUUCAUGAUAAUCAAAAUAUCAAAUUAUAUACAUGUAUUAUGGAAAAGUAAAUAUCAGUAUUCCUUUCAUAUUAGCUACGCGUUAAGUAAAUAGCAACAUAAUUCAGUGGGGUAAGAUGCAUAUAACAGAUCGUUUUGCACGAAGGGUUCGGAUCCUCAUGAUUUGUUUUCAGGUCAGUUUUGUUUGUUUUUAUUAUCCGUUUUUACUUUUUAUUAACAUGUUUUUCGUUUCUUUCUUUUGUGAUCUGUAUUUAUACGUAUGUUUUAUAACAUACUUUCACUAUUAUAUUCCUAUUUAUAUUCUUUUGUACAUGCAUAUGCAUUUAACUAAUAUCAUCUUUCAUAUUACACUAAACAUUUCUCUGCCAAUUCGGCUUCGGAAAUUUCUCUGCCGUUGUGUCAUAGAGAAAAUAAUGAACAUAAAAUGUAUAAAGGAAUAAAUAUCUUUGAUGCAAAAAUAAAAGGAAAAUUAAUUGCCGUCUCUGAGGUUCAAACUCGCCAGAAAAGUAAGAUCUGUUGAAUAUUAUUCCUACGCUUAACCUCUGAACUAAUUUGUUAAUUGGUGCAAAAACUAGAAAUGUCAAAAUUUUGAUAAGUUAAAAGAAUGUUAAUUACGAGGAACGUUCAAUAAAUAAUAUUACUCAGUAUGUAGUUCCGUAAACGGUGGUUAUUAUUAAAUGCGGGUUUUGGCACAUUAUAGAGCAAUUUAUUGGAAACGAAAUGCCAUAAGAAUGAUAAAAACCGGAGGACUCAAUGUAGAAAUAUAAUUGUUUGAGUGAGGUAUACUCAUGUAUACUGGACCAUAGCAAAAAUAAUUGUAACUUAGGUUUGUCCCGGGCAUCCAGGGUCUCAGAAAAAUAGACUAACUUGUAAAAUCACAAAAUUCUAUCAUUUUUCUACAAAGUACAGCAAUUUGUGAUGAGUUUGAGUUUGUUUUUAACAAUUUAUUGCGUUUUAUUUAUUUUACAACACAACUAAAACAUCUAAACUUGAGGUUGAUUACAUCUGGAAUGAGUCUCGAGAGCGAUUAAUCAAAGUUGUAAGAACUUGUUUCGCGAUCGAGAAUUAAGAAAUUAGUAUCAACUUAAAAUACAAGAAUGUUUUCAACGAUGAACAUCACGCCUGAGAAAAUUGCAGAGGCUUAUUGUACUCAACUUACCAUUUUUCGAGUAAAUAAUACACACUCCAUUUAAUAUUGUUAUCAUUUUUGUUUUGUUUGAGUUUUCAAAUUUUUAUGUAAAGAUGCUGAUUUGUUUUAGCUAUUUAAACUGAAAAGUGAACUACAGUUUUAGUUCUGGAAUAGUAGAAUCAAGGAAUUACUUAUUACAAUCUCACUAUUUUGGACAUAAAAUGGUCCAGUAUACCGGAGUAUCUUUUUUAACUAACUGUUAAGAAUAUUUUAUAGGAAAACAGUUGUUAUACAUAUGUAAGACCUUUAGCUCACAUUCCACAUUGAAUUUAUUAAACUCGUUGAAUAAAAUCGAUAAAAUGCU